AUGAAAAGAGAAUUGGAAGCUGAACCGAUCUUGUUAGAGGAGUAUUUGUCUGAAUUGCAGAUACAACAGUUAUCCAAGACUCCUCCAGGACCGCCCGUGGCGGAUGAAUUGGUUCACAAUUGGCACUACCAGUACGUGGUUUCCUGGCUUUACAAUGUGUGUGACUCGACCUUCACCGCUGAUCAGGGCAAAGCGAUGUUCUCCAGCAUUGCUUUUGACGAGAAACUGUUGCUCCAAGACCUGCAGUCGCAGGAUUGGGAAGAAAACGAUGUUAGUCUAUACACGCAGGUACGUGAGUGCGUGUUGAAGACCGUGACUCAGAACAAAAAGGCGCAAUUGAAGGAGUGGGACGUCGCCAUCAAGUACAACUUGGCACAGUGGAAUGCGGUGCUGUGGUGGGCGCAGGACCAAGAGACUAGAUUCACGGAUUUGAACGUGGUGCAACAGUUCGACGUGCUGUACGCGUGUAUCAAAUACAUUGAGCGCAAGAGCCAAAGCUUCCGGCUCUACUUGAAUGCGCACUUGGCUCAAUUCCAGUUCCCGGAGUGUGUAGUAGGGGAAAGACGAUCGAUGUUUGUACUACCGGGCGGAAAGCUUGUGGAGAGGACGAUGACGGCGCACGAGGAGGCGCACUUGCGGGUUCCUAUCAAGUUCCGCAACUGUUCGGUGAGGUACGAGGGUGAGGACGAGGUGGAAGUGCGUCAGCUGGACUUUGGCCCCGAGAUCGACGACUUUUUAUCGCGACUAUCGCUGGAUUUCAAGGUUUUGAGUGGAUCGUGGGGGGAAUACUUGGGAUAUCUAAACGAAACUACAGACCAAGGUUUACAAGAGUUCCUGGCGCAGCAGCUGCCGCUGGUGGCAGAGAACGAGCUAAAUGGACGGCGGUUGUUGGCCAACCGUGAACGCGAACGGUCCAUGGCAGAACUGCUGGUCCGGCGCAAGCGUUCGUCGCGGCUGGUCGCCCGCGAAGAGGACACCAAACGGCGCGACCUAGAGUCCCGUUGGCUGGAGAAACUCGACGACCGUGACCAAUAUCUCCGGAGCCGCCAGCGGGCCGUAGCGAAAAUGUCCAAGGCCAUCAAGGACGUGAUCUGGUCUCAAUUGUGGGACAAGUUCGACCUCGAUGUGAAAGUAGAGAAGCUUAGACGCCGAACCGUGGAUGGACAGCAACUGGCAGCCACCCCUGAACCGGGCUCCCCCGGGUCCCUUGCGCCCGUGGACCACUACGCCUGGCUCGCAGCCAUCGACCAAUCCGUGCUGGAAAACGGAGAGAAAUUCCACCACAGGGUCAUUCAAGUGGACCCUGCGUUGCCCACGCCUCUCGAAGUCGACUCCCGGGAGCUGCCAGACGAAUUGCUCAUCACCCGCGAGGAACUAUCCGGCUUGGCAAAUCACGGUUUGCCCGUCGCAGACUACACCCCAGACUCCACUGACUGGGCCUUCCAGUGCCCGUGCCAAGAGGUUUCCGGAUUCAAUCUCAACGACCACGACGCCGUCCGCUCCCACACGCUCAUUUGUUGCGAUUCGUGUCUGCGGUGGCAGCACCUGGAGUGCCAGCGCGACGAAUGGGUCGAGCUGCUGGGACAAGCUCGCCAGAAACCGCUUCAACGUAAAGAUUUCGUCUCUGUCACGCUGGCUUCGCCCCACGCCCACGCUCACGCCCUCCACCGUGGCCAACGUCGCAGUGCGCGCCACGCUGACACCAACCUCCACCCGAGCCAGCCCGCUGACGCCGAUCUCGGUCUCUCCUCGGCUCCUCGGCCCGUGACCCGAAAAUCCAGUCUUGCACUGGCCAAUAAUACAUCUGCAAAUCUACUUCCAGAAACAUUUGUAUGCAGUUGGUGCAUGCACGCUCUGGAAGACGAUCUUCGGGAUGCCUUUGUGCGCGAGCUGAGGCAGACCCGCGUUCAGCAGCGAAAGGCCCACGACGAGCGCGAACGCCGCAAGAGACAAAAAGAAGUGCGCAAGUCCGCCGCCGCCUCUACGGCCAAAAAUACCGAUGAUGCUGGUGCAGACAUCAAUGACAAUGCUACAGUUAAUCCUACGGCGAAUGCUACGGCCAAUGCUACGGCGAACGCUACGGCGAACGCUACGGCGAACGCUACGGCCACCACCUCCGGCACGCAAAAAAAAACACAGCCGUCGCGUCUUCCCCGUUCCCAAUUCUCGCACAGCACAAGCCACUUCGCCCAACCUUGA